AUGCUCAAUAGUGCACGGAGGGGACACGGUUACUACCUGCAAUGCCUUUUCCUGCAGUAUGGGAACAAUGGGACUUUGACCUAUGAGGGCCUGCACAAGUUACUGGGAAGUUUAGGUCUGGGGGAGGUCAGUGUCCUUGAGAUCCGACAUGGUGGGGUGAAGUAUUCUUCUCAACCCUUAUCCCAUUCCCACUCACUUGAAGACCCUCGUGAUCCUCAUCAGUCCACAACCCCACCCCAACUCGCAGAAAGUCCUAGACCUCACAUUAAAUCAGUGCUCAGUGGAUCUUCUGCAGAAUGGAGUCACUCAAAGUCUGACUAUCUUCCACAUCCCGGCCUACGACACAAACUCAAUUCACUGCUUUCAGAUCACCUGACAGACAAACACCUUCAUGGGAAUUGUCUGAAUGUUACCCAGCUUCUGUGGAACUUUGGGCUUUGCAAAGCAUCCCAUAUCACUCCUGUACAUUUCACUUUCCUGUGCCCUGCCCUCCUCUUCGAGAUUGACAGCGGAGUUUGUCUACAACACACAGAGGUGGUUGGACAGGGGAGCAAAACCAGUGAGAGUUUCCUCAGAGCACUAGGUUGGUCCUCCUUGGCUCUCUUUGUGAUCAGUCUGCCCUCCCUGUUUGCCUUGGGAUUGGCACCCCUGCUUCAACCAUCUAUACUACAGAUGUUUCUCUGCCCGAUGGCUGGUAUGGCAGUGGGCACACUCUGUGGAGAUGCCCUGCUGCACCUCUUGCCCCAUUUUGAUCUGGACUCCAUCCUAGGCUCCUCAUCACUCAAUCAGAAUGAGAGUUCAGAGACUGGGCACGGGCAUUCUCAUGUGCAGCCUGGUUCAGAGAAGACUGGAAUCAGAAGCAUGGCAUGGAUGGUAGUCGUGGGAAAUGGAAUACAUAAUCUUACAGAUGGACUAGCCAUUGGUGUUGCAUUUUCUCUGAGUCUGAUGGGUGGACUUAGCACAACAAUCGCUGUCUUCUGCUAUGAGCUUCUUCAUGAAUUAGGCGAUUUGGCGUUGCUGUUGGCUGCAGGAUGGCCUAUAUGCAGGCUGGCUGUGUUUAGCGCUCUGUCUGCUCUGCUGGGCUUUUUGGAUGUGUUAACUGGCACAGCACUGGGGAACCAGUGGGUGGCACACUCUCCCUGGAUUCUCACCAUGACUGCUGGGGUUUUCCUCUAUGUUGCUCUUGCUGACAUGAUGCCUGAAAUGCUGCAUAGAGAUGCUGGAUCUCUGAGCCCUAUGAAGCACUUCCUCCUGCAGAGUCUGGGCCUGCUGAUAGGGGGCCAUCAUGCUUUGUAUCGCCCUCUUUGA